CUUAUAUCGAAGCAUAUCUGGCCCAAAAUACGUAUCUCACAAAGCCGAGUAACAGACCAGUUAAAUAGGAAGACGAACCCUGCUGCAUCACAAAUAUAUCCAUUUCCUUUACUUAUAUUUCAAUACAAACAUCCUCCCCCAUAUCUUGACAAUCAUCAUUAGUGGUGACCAGAAAUCAUGAGUGCCCAGAAUUCCACUGCCCAGAAUCUUUCAUUUGUUCUGGAAGGCAUUCGCCAGGUCAAAUUUGAGGACCGACCCGUUCCCGAAAUAAAAGACUCUCAUGAUGUGCUCGUUAAUGUCAGGUUCACUGGCAUAUGCGGCAGCGAUGUCCACUAUUGGGAACAUGGCUCCAUUGGACAGUUUGUUGUGAAGGACCCCAUGGUAUUGGGACAUGAAUCUUCUGGAGUAAUUUGCAAAGUCGGUUCGGCAGUCACCGGCUUGAAGGUAGGAGAUCGUGUUGCCAUGGAACCUGGUGUCCCAUGUCGCCGAUGCGAGCCUUGCAAAGCAGGAAAAUACAACCUCUGCGAGAAGAUGGCUUUCGCAGCAACCCCUCCCUACGAUGGCACCCUUGCCAAGUACUAUGUCCUACCAGAGGACUUCUGCUAUAAAAUACCCGAAAACAUUACUAUGCAAGAGGCGGCAGUUAUGGAGCCACUUGGAGUCGCUGUACACAUUGUCAGACAGGCUGUUGUCAACCCAGGCCAAUCAGUGGUGGUAUUUGGAGCCGGCCCCGUCGGACUUUUGUGCUGUGCCGUGGCCAGAGCUUAUGGUGCAUCCAAAAUCAUCGCCGUGGAUAUUCAAAAGGAUAGGUUGGAGUUUGCAAAGAAGUAUGCAGCAACUGCCAUAUUCGAGCCCGCCAAAGAGGCCCCUUCCGCGAAUGCUGUUCGGAUAAUAGAGGAAAAUAAUUUGGGACCGGGUGCAGAUAUCGUCAUUGACGCAUCAGGAGCGGAAGCUUCGGUCCAUACAGGGAUACAUGUCCUCCGUGCUGGUGGGACAUAUGUGCAGGGUGGCAUGGGUAGGAGCGAGAUCACUUUUCCAAUUAUGGCGGCUUGCACCAAGGAAUUGAACAUCAAGGGUAGCUUCCGUUAUGGCAGCGGUGACUACAAGCUUGCAGUAUCUCUGGUUGCUUCUGGCAAAAUAGACGUGAAGGAACUAAUUACUGGCAUCGUGAACUUUGAGGAUGCUGAGCGAGCAUUCGAAGGGGUUAAGGCUGGGAAGGGCAUCAAGACACUGAUUGCUGGGAUUCCUGACACUUCUCCAGGCCCCUUCGGAUUGUGAACACUGUCAACAAUGAUUGCUCUGAUGUGAAUAUUGGUUUUUUUCUCUUGAAACUUUUAAUUUGACUCAUUCCUUGUUUUCUUUUCAUAAAAGCAAGGCCGAUUCAACAGAUAGGC